CAGCUUGAUGCUCAGGCCGCACCUCAAGAUGGUCAUCUUCGGACCCGGCGCUGCUUACGCCGCUUGCACUGCAGGCUGAGCCUGACCUGGAGUCGAAAAUGAACUGGGGAACCUUUUAUGCCGUGAUCAGCGGCGUAAACAGGCACUCUACCGGCAUCGGACGCAUUUGGCUGUCGGUCAUCUUCAUCUUCCGUAUCCUGGUCCUGGUUGUCGCUGCGGAGAGUGUUUGGGGAGAUGAGAAGUCAGGCUUCACUUGCAACACCCAGCAGCCUGGCUGCAACAGCGUGUGUUACGACCAGUUCUUUCCCAUCUCGCACAUUCGCCUGUGGGCACUCCAGCUCAUCCUGGUCUCCACCCCUGCGCUGCUAGUGGCCAUGCAUGUGGCCCACAGACGCCACAUCAACAAGAAGAUCCUGAAGAGGACGGGCCGCUGCAGCCCCAAGGAGCUAGAGCAAGUCAAGAAUCAGAAGUUUGAGAUCACCGGAGCUCUGUGGUGGACUUACAUGAUCAGUAUUAUCUUCAGGAUCAUCUUCGAGGUGGCUUUUCUUUACAUCUUCUACCUGAUCUACCCUGGCUUUAAGAUGGUGCGUUUAGUGAAGUGUGACUCAUACCCUUGCCCCAACACGGUGGACUGUUUUGUCUCCAGGCCAACAGAAAAGACGAUAUUCACCGUGUUCAUGCUGGCAGUGUCUGGGGUGUGCGUGCUGCUUAAUCUGGCCGAGGUGGUGUACCUCGUAGGCAGGGCCUGCAAACGGUGCUUUGGCAGCUCUGAGGAUGAGUCCAAAGCAGCUUGGAUCAGUCAAAGAUUGUCAUCUUACAGGCAAAAUGAAAUCAAUCAGCUGAUAGCAGACCACUCUCAGAAGUCUAAGUUCACUGUGACCAAAAAGAGCCCGAGUGAGAAGGCUGAGAGGUGCUCUGCUUUCUGAGACUCUGCCUUUCCUUCUCCCUUUAAACUAACCAACAGUAAUCACACAUGUCCAAUGGAGCAUGGUGUUCUGCAUUACUGUCACAUACACUGUAUAUUUGAUCAUCUGCAUCCACAUUUAUUUAUGUAUUGUAUCAUUCCUACAGUUUUACUGACACAAGCGUUAGUUGCUGUUAGAACUUGUCUAAACUACUUGGAGCCAGAAGGGAAGGUUAAAGGACAAUACCAAUGUUUUUGCAUGUUCUAGCUGACUUUCUACAAAUCAAACACGUUGACAUCAUAGUCGGCCAUUUACCAAAGCUUACCCUGAUUUGUUAGGUUUUUGUCCGUUUUUUUUUUCUUCUGCCUUCGCAGCAGCUUAAAUUCAUCUCAUUAAGAAAAGCUGCCAAGUUGCCAAGGUGGAGUGAUUGCUUGAGCUAAACAAACCAUGACCACGAGGAUCAUGCUUCCAUUUAUUUUGUCAAAGUUGCAUUGUUGUUGCGUGACAGCUCACACAAACCCCACAGGUGUGUCAUGUUUGUGUCCUGGUUAGACGCCCAAAGUUGCUGCCAAAAUAGCUGCAUUUAUGAGCUAUGACAUGGGGAAAUCAAACCCAGAAGACAAACACCAGGCAUGAAAUAGAUGUGAGUAGUUUUACAUGAAUAUUUAUUUUUUUGCAAAAUGUUGCUGUUUGGGAACACACUCCAGUUUAGGGAUAUCAGUUUCACACAGAUGCACCAUCCAACAGAUUUUUCUAAUUCUUCCAUGCGAUUAAGCUGCUGAAACAAUUAAGUUUUGACGACCAAAAAGAUAUAUUAACUAUCUUCUUUAAGUUAUUUAUAGAGUUUAAAAACGUACUACAAAUUGAAAGGGAAUGAGUGGCUCCCUGGAGAGCACAAAACAAAUACUUGAAACUUGCUUUUGUUUGCUCUGCAAUGAUGUUUGUUGCCUGAUUUCUAGUAAUUAAGACAGACUGCAAAAAAAAAACCUUGGUAUUGUUUUCAAACGGAAGCAGAGGCUACUGUUAAGAUUACAAUGCUGGAUAGGAAGGUCAACUUUUUCAUUUAGAUUAACAAAAUGUAUUAUUCUACUAUGCCUCAUAUUAACUCCAGUCAAAGCUCAUGUGAAAAGCAUUGAAGAGAAAACUAUUUAUGUGAAUGACUUGUUUGAACAGUAUCGUAACUUGAGCUCAGUGGUGGAAUUCUUUUUUUUCUAUUAUUAUUUAUUUAUUUUUUAAUAUUUUUAUUAGGAGGUAAGGCACAGUAGAACAGGAAUCAAUGUCAAAUUUACAUUGAGUAUCACAUAAUCUCUGUAUGACAAUUAACAAUAUAUAUUGACACCAUAAAAAAUACUGUGCAUCACGAUGGGUUAAGAGUAAGAUAUAUAGUGGUGGAAUUCUUGAAUUAAAGUGCCAAACUCACCUUGAGAAAAUGAUUAAAUAACUAAAAACCUACAGUUGGUGCUAGAAAACCAAAGAUAUGAAUAUUGUCAGAUCAUGGAAAACUGCCAUUUGAUUUUGCAUCAUCAAUGUAAAAGGAGAGAAAAUUAAUUUGAAACUGAUGUUUUGAGUACGUAAGUCAAGUUGGGUCAAUAAACCUUCAUCCUGGAUAUAUAAAUAUAUAUUUAUAUAUAUGUACUGUUUAAUAAUAUGUUAAAUUGAUAAAAACAGCCAUUAUAAUUAUUUAUUAUGCCUUUUCUGCUGGGUCAGUCACUGUAGGAAUCCGGAACAGUCCACUACUGUACAUGUUUUUUCGCUUUACAAUAGAUUUAGAUUUUGUAUGCAGUUGUCCAUUCUACCCGCUGGCUUCAUCGCCGCUUCUAUUUUAAGUUAUUUUUCCAGUUGGCUCUGAUAAAUGUUUGAGGUUGACCUACUUUUUAAAACAGAGACCAUCACUCUGACAGUUGGCAACUGCUUUCUUUAAUGUUACCCUGCAUAGUAUAUUAUACAGCAUCGCUCUGCUCCUGAAAAUUUAAUAUCCCAUACGCUGGUAUGUUAUGAAGUUAACCUGUUUUAUGUACAUUAUAAUGCAUCCAGAAAACCCUCAUGUUAAUAUUUGUAAAUGCACAUAUCAGUUUACAUCCCGGUAAACAAACCAGAUAAAUUAUACAAUGGGUUGGAACUAUAUACCGUGUGUACAUAAUGUAAUAUAAAGAAAUAAAUUGAUAAUUU